AUGACGCGUUCGAUCUACGUGAUUUCGCCCAAUGGACAACAACAGUGCGCUGGUGAAUACAAGCAGUCGCAAGAUUCGGCCAACGGUUGCCCUGUAUGGGAGCAAAAAGGAGGUGGCUUCUGGAUGUAUACAGGUGCGAAUGGUAUGUGGAUUAUCGGGGGGCAAGAUGCCAAAGACAAAAACUUCAAGUGCUCGCACGGCUUCAUCUUCUGCCGAACUCAAAACGCUGGAGUCUCGCCAGAAAAGAUCGCCGGAGUCUGGGAAAGGCUGAGUGGCGAGUAUUUCGUCGAGGAUCGCAACAUUGUCGUCACGAAUGUUCUGCACAAACCUUCGCCCCUCCGGGUUGCCAGCCCGAAUGGACAGCAAAGAUGCGCUGGUGAGUACGCACUGAUGCCAGAUUGCACUGCAAAUGGGCUACCGGUUUGGGAGCACAAGGCUGGAAGGUGCUACUUGUACUGCGGGACGAACGGAUCUUGGAUCUUGGGUGGCUCGGAUGCCAAAGAGAAAGGAUUCAAGUGUGCGAAAGGCGUUGUCUAUUCAAAGCGGGCCAGUGGAGGCUUGAUGCCGGACAAGGUCGGUGGCGGUUGGCUUCGCCUCCAUGGGGACAAAUUCCACGAGGACUCUGCCAUUACAGUGACCGUAAAGCCUUCACGGCUGUAUGUGCAGACACCCCAUGGCCAGCACAGGUGUUCGGGAGAGUAUGUCCCAGCAGAAGAUCGCCUGGCAAAUGGCUAUCCGCUUUGGGAGCACGCAGGUGGAAAGUGUUGGCUGUAUUCAGGUAGCAACGGAAUGUGGAUAAUCGGUGGCACAGAUGCUGCAGCCAAAAAUUUCGAGUGCACACGUGGUGUGAUUUACUGUCAAACCGUGCACAACGGGCAGAUGCCAGACAAGAUGGUCGGCAAUUGGCUACGGCUUGAUGGGGACAAGUUUCGUGAGGAUGCUGCCAUUCUGGUGGGAACCAAACCUCCCAGCCUCCACAUCCUCUGUCCGAAUGGACAGCCGAAGUGCGGCGGAGAGUAUGUGCUCGUUGGUGACCGUUCACAUGGCCAGCCCACAUGGAAGCAAAGGCGGACCGAUUUACGGAUUUGCUCUGGAGCCGAUGGUCACUGGAUGGUGGCGGCAGUGCGCAAGGACGCAGACUCUGAGAAGCCCUUGCUGAGAUGUGACCAGCCCCACCUCGGCGAAACUCCCGACAAGGUCCUCUCUUCUUGGAGUCGUCUAGAAGGUGAGGACAUGGAGAAGGAUGACCAGAUCAAAGUAUCAUCAACUUCUUCGCUUGGGAAGCCUGUGAAGUUGCAUGUGUCCACACCAAGUGGGCAGCAGAGCUGCGGAGGUGAGUACCUGCUGGUUGCUGGCGAAUCUGCAAACGGCAGCCCUCUGUGGAAGCAGAUGGGUGGGAAAUAUUGGCUCUAUUCAGGAACCAAUGGCUUGUGGAUUAUUGGAGGAAGCGGAGCCAAAAGGAAAAACUUCGACUGCUCCCGUGGAGUAAUCUACUCGCAGACCCCACAUGGAGGCCAAUUGCCACACCAGGUCAGUGGGAUCUGGCUGCGUCUGCAAGGGCAGGAGCCUGGUAGCGGCAUGUCGCACAUUCGUUCAGCCGAAGAGGAGGACUUUUCCGGCAUCAUUGAGAUCGCCAGACAGGUCGUCGAGGAGCCUGAUGCGUUUCUGUUCGACGAGCACUGCACUACAGAGGAGUUGGAGGCUUUUUGGCUUCCUGACCUUACCAUGCAUGCUGAGACCUUCGUAUUGGAGGCGAGUGGCUUUGCAGGCAUCAUCGGGGCAUAUGUUUUGUACCCGGCAGCGCAUGGACGUGGCGCUCACAUGGCGCAUGGCAGCUAUAUGGUUGCCAAGCACGCAAGAGGCAGAGGCUUUGGAAGGGCAUUGUGCCUUCAUUCUGUGGCAAUGGCAAGGCAGCAAGGAUACACGGGCAUACUCAUCAAUAUGGUGGUGUCAACAAACAGCUCAGCACGUGGCAUGUGCGCUGCUUGUGGAUUUCAAACGCUUUGCAGCAUCCCGAGGGCUUUCCAACACCCAGAACUUGGACUUGUGGACGCCUUUUCUAUGUUCUAUGACCUCCAACAGAAAGCCCCCAACAAGGUCCAACCUGCUGACACUAGGCGACCUACGGAUCCUAAAGAAUCAUCUCGGCCGGUCGACUCUGCCCCGACAGCGGACGUUCUGACUCUGCAGGUUGGCAAUCAGGCCCACUUCAGACCGCGCCUCCAGACGGCAGGCAAGCUCGAAGUGCAGCCUGCUCUUCCCCAAGGUCUCGCGCUACAUCCAGAAACUGGUGUCAUUACCGGCACUCCAGUGCUGGCCGCCGAGGACACAAGAUAUUGCAUCAAA